GCUCCAGUGCCUGAUAGCUAGCUUGCUAUAGCCUACAGCCAUGGCAGCAGUACGCGUGGUUCUUUUGCUGGGAGUUUUUCUGUUCUGCCUUACUGAGGUUUCAUCUGAUAUCAAGAUUGAAGAACAAUUACCUCAUCUUGCGCAGCUUGUUGUGAGAGGCGGAAGCAGACGGCUAAUGCAAGACAUAGACUGUGGAGGGCUGUGCAAGCAGAGGUGCAGCGUUCACUCGAGGCCAAAGAUUUGCAGCAGGGCGUGCGGUACGUGCUGUGUGAGGUGCAAGUGUGUGCCACCUGGCACUUCUGGGAACAGAGAACUCUGUGGCAAGUGCUACACUGACAUGACCACCCAUGGCAACAAAACCAAGUGCCCGUAAGCUUAAUGCUUAGUGGGUAAUUAAGCUUAAGCUUAAAGGAAUAAGAAGAAGAAAGAUGGGAGCUAGAUGAGGCAUGUUUAUUGUUGUGUGAGCUAUGUGAUCUGUAGAAGUUUGGUAUUAGUUUAUGGUAUUAUCCUCACAAUUACCCACCA